AGUAUAUACACAACCGGAAGCUUCGCUGUGGAAUUGACGGAACAGGACUUGGUGUGACGGAGAGGUGAUGAUCCAGUCAGAGCUGUAAGAAAGCCGGAGCAGCCAUGACCGAGUGCUUCCUGCCCCCCAGCAGCAGCCCUGCGGAGCAGCGCAGGGCGGAGCAUCCGGUUGGCGUGGCCCGCACCCCCAGCUCUGAGGAGAUCAGCCCCACCAAGUUCCCCGGUCUGUAUCGUGCUGGCGAACAGUCGCCCCCUCACGAUGGACAUCAUCAUCAUCAUGAGCCGCCUGAUGCCUACGUCUCAGAUGACGACAAAGAGCACGGCAAGAAGAAGAACAAGUUCAAGAAGAAGGAGAAAAGGACCGAAGGGUACGCCGCCUUCCAGGAGGACAGUUCGGCAGAUGAAGCGGAGAGCCCGUCCAAGAUGAAGCGCUCCAAGGGAAUCCAUGUGUUCAAGAAGCCGAGCUUCUCCAAGAAGAAAGAGAAGGACUUUAAGGUGAAGGAGAAGGGCCCCAAAGAGGACAAGGCCAAGGAUAAGAAGUCGAAGGACCUGACGGCUGCAGAUGUGGUCAAACAGUGGAAGGAGAAGAAGAAGAAGAAGAAGCCUGCCACAGAAGCAGAGCCGGUCCCAGUGGAGACCCCCACCAUCAGGCCCAUCUUCGGAGCUCCGCUGGCUGAAGCCGUGAAGAGGACGGCUCUGUACGACAGUAUCCAGCUGCCCAGCAUCUUCAGGGAGUGUGUGGACUACAUAGAAAAUUACGGCAUGAAGUGUGAGGGCAUCUAUCGGGUCUCAGGCAUGAAGUCUAAGGUGGAUGAACUGAAAGCAGCCUACGACCGGGAGGAGUGCCCCUGCCUGGAGGAGUACGACCCCCAUACGGUGGCCAGCCUGCUAAAGCAGUACCUCCGCGAGCUGCCGGAGAACCUGCUGGGUCGAGACCUGGCCCAGAGAUUCGAGGACACCUGCGGUCGGCAGGCGGAGGCCGAGAAAGUGGCAGAGUUUCAGAAGCUGCUGGCCGAGGUGGCGCCGGAGAGCCGACUUCUCCUCUCCUGGCUCGUCACGCACAUGGAGCACGUCAUUGCCAGGGAGGCGGACACCAAGAUGAACAUUCAGAACAUCUCCAUCGUCCUCAACCCCACCAUACAGAUCGGGAAUCGUGUCCUCUACAUCUUCUUCACCCACGUGAAGGAGCUGUUUGGAGACGUCGUCCUGAAGCCGGUGGUGCGGCCGCUGCGCUGGUCCAACAUGGCGACGAUGCCGGCUCUGCCCGAGACGCAGGAGAACAUCAAAGAGGAGAUCCGACGACAGGAGUUCCUGCUGAACCGCCUGCACAGAGACCUACAGGCCGGCGUGAAGGACCUGUCCAAAGAGGAGAGACUCUGGGAGGUUCAGAGAAUCCUGACUGCUCUGAAACGUAAGCUGAGGGAAGCCAAACGCCAGGAGUGUGAGAGCAAGAUAGCCCAAGAAAUAGCCAGUCUCUCAAAGGAAGACGUGUCAAAAGAGGAAAUGACCGAGAACGAAGAGGAAGUCAUUAACCUGCUUUUAGCACAGGAGAACGAGAUCCUGACGGAGCAGGAGGAGCUGAUUUCCCUCGAGCAGGUGCUGCGUAGACAGAUCGCCACGGAGAAGGAAGAAAUCGAGAGGCUGAGGGCCGAGAUCGCAGACAUCCAGAGUCGGCAGCAGGGUCGCAGUGAGACCGAGGAGUACUCGUCAGACAGUGAAAGCGAAAGCGAGGAUGAGGAAGAGCUGCAGAUGAUUCUGGAAGACCUGCAGAAACAAAACGAGGAACUGGAGAACAAAAACACCCACCUGAACCAGGCCAUCCACGAAGAGCAGGAAGCCAUUCUGGAGCUCCGAGUACAGCUUCGCCUCCUGCAGAGCCACAAGCAGCAGGAACUGACCGUCCAGCAGCCGGCUGAGCAGGCUCCGCCCCCACAGCCGAGCCCGGAGGCCCGCACCGAGGAGCAAACCAAACGCUCCGUCGCUGCAACAGCUGCUGCCAUCGAGACGCCCACCUCCGCCAACGGAAAGACAGCCAAGGAUCCUUCAAAGCCCUCGCCGAGCAAAGACAAGAGGGACACCAACAUGUGAGAUCAGUGAUCCCGUCGUGUUUCUCCUCAUCCACAGGAAGCAUUUAUUAGUGAUCGUGUCCACCAAGUGGCAGCCAAGGAGAAAUCUUUGAUCUUGUCUGUGGUGUCCUGACUUUUUCUUGCUCUUCGAGCAAAAGGCAGGACCUAGAAACAGAUCAGCAGCUCCCAGGGACCAUUUCCUUUAAGUCUGCAGUGCCAAGCCUGUUUAAAGACAGGAGGGGGGUGCGAAUGAAGGAUUUCAGAGUUUAUUUUUCACUUAUAAUUGAGUUAGGAUGUGAUCUCCAAACAAAGACGUAGCUCUAACGCAGUUUCAUCCCUCAACUAAAAGCUAAUUUCACGUUAGGAGAGUUACCACUGUGCCAUAACUGAAGAUGCUAGAACCACGAGUAACAAAAGCUCUUUGAAUACUAAAGAAUUUAUGAGUGAAUUGUCUGUAUAUUAUACAGUUAGGUAAUGUUCUGACAAUUAUAAAAAAGAAGCAAUGAUUUAAUUUAUAGCUUUUCAUUAAAGUACAGAAUAAAUCUAUUAUAGGAGCUUUUGCUGUCUUUGAAAAACGUAAUGCACAAAACUUCAACGGUCUGAAUGUAAACGAACAUAUUCACAACAGCAAAGUGUCGACAGAUAUCACUUUUUUUCCUGUUUUUUUUUACAAACGAGUAAAUGUGGAGGGUUUUAUUUGUUGCGUUAAAUGUAAAUGCGAUGCAUCUGUGAUCAUGUUUUAACCUGUGCUGGAUGCUUUUAUUCAUUUGUAACUUGUGAAGUUAUUGCUAGCUGCAAAUCAGUCAAUCAUUUCAAAGUGGGUCAUUUCUGUGUGUAAUGCCGUUCAAAGCAAUGGCAUGCUUAUUUCUUUGUUGUGUGUUAUUGUAACAAAAUGUGUUUUGAGCUCUGUCUUUGUUGUUUCUAAAGCCCUGCUGGGAUAAUUCUAGCGUCUGUCGCUCAUCUGGACUCCUGGUUCGACAUCCUGUGACUGAAACAGACGCGUCAGAUUGGGCUCAGAAGCUUCUCAUGUGGUGGUUUUCAUUCUGUUUGGAGUGUUUGUAGCAGAUUGUUCCAGACAGACCGAUGCUGUGAAGAAUAAAGUGUCAAUCUGAACGUCGGGGUUUACCUUUUUCAUCUUAACGUG